AUGCUUCCGCUGCGGUUGCGUCGCGUGACCGGUCAUGAGGCUCGGGAGAACGAUGUGGUGUUCCAUCCGGCCAGGGUGAGGCCCACCAUGCCGGAGACAUUGGUCUUCUUUGGCGGAGAUGUUCAGGACUAUGAAGAGGUAAUGCAAGGACAUAGAGAUAACCGGAACUACAUCAAGUGGAGCUUGGAGAGUACGGCGCGCAUGCUAAGCGAAAACUUCCCCACGAAACAUGUCGUCGUCGUUAGACCCGCGCGGAUAGAAUACAAAAGCUUCAGUUGCUAUGACAACUUCGUGCCGAGUAACAACGCAGGUGUUCCAGAGCACACCCCCACCCAUAAUGCGCUGCAUCACCUUGAGAAAUUACUUCAAGAGUUGAGCAGCAGAAUAAAGGAGCUACCAGUGCGACAACUUUGCGAUGCAGUGGCCUCUACGCUCUGUUCUGAGGAUGUAGACAUUGAGGAGAAGAGUGCAGCGCAAGAGACUAAGUCAAACGGCUCAUCGAAAUGCGACGAAGCAGACGCAGAAGCGUCAAGUGGUCCCAGUGUUGAGCACAAGCAUGAUCCGUUGUGGUGGCGCGAGGGUCUCAGCCUGGACGAGAGCAAGCUAAGUCUGGUGGGGUUCAGCAAGGGUUGUGUGGUGCUCAACCAGUUCAUCUAUGAGUUCCAUUACACUAAGACGCUCACGCCGUGGGAUAAGCAUAUGUGCAGGUUCAUUGAACGCAUAGAAGCGAUGUGGUGGAUCGACGGAGGGCACGCGGGUGGAAAGAACACCUGGAUAACGUCGCGUAGUCUACUCGAAACACUCGCUAGGCUCAACGUAAAUGUUUACGUACACGUGAGCCCGUACCAAGUGCAAGAUGAGGGACGACCGUGGAUCGGGCGUGAGGAGAAAGCGUUUAGUUCGCUGCUUAACAAACUUGGCGCGAAGAUCGACCGUUACCUCCACACAGACGGCAGCGCCCCCUACUCUUUAAGUACGCAUUUCAAUGUACUGGCUGCCUUCAAGCGCGUGCAGGACUCUCGGCCCACAGACAUGCUGUCUUCCGAUGACGAGAAUUGA